GGUUAUUUGACAACAAUUGCACAGUACAUAUUGUCUCACUAUAAAAUCCCAGUGGUAUUUUUUAUUAGUGAAUAUGCUUUCAGAUGAGUUUUUAUAUGCGAAGAUAAAUUGCUAGGAUCCAUACAUUGUGUCUUAUUUCUUAGCUAAAUUUGGUACGUAUCCGUACCUCAUAGUCACUGUUAUGUUUGUCAUAUGAAGGGCUUGUAGGCCGCUUAUGAAUAUAUGCAAUAAAGGUUGAAGCGUGCACACACGUUAAUUCUUCGCCAUAUAUAGUAUGACCUUGACGUCCUAUGUCAGGUACUAAGUAAACGUGGAAAAACAGUUUAAUUAGUUGCUAAUUGCCAUCAAACUAAAUGGCUGAAAUAUGAACUAUGGAUGUCAUUUUUCGUCAGCUCAUAUAGUUCUUAUAUGUUAUUAAUAUAACAUCUGCCAUCAUGAGUCGACUUUAUAUUAAAAAAAUUGGUGAGACUACAAUUAAUGUACGAAAAAAUUAGAUUUGAGAUAAUAGACUCCGGAUUUUAGCACAGAAUUCAUACAUUCAUUUGGCUGGAUACUAUUUCGGCAUUAUAGCUGAUGUCAGUUCGUGAUGAAAACCCUGAAUCUAAUUCCUAACCAUCACCUGUAAAUCAUAAUUCUAAUUCGUCACACUGCUUUAUAAUCCUCAUUCAGUCCUGGUUAGUAUGUAGACAUUUUCAGGGUCACUUUCGUGGUCCAUAGGUUGUCCAUAAAUCAUAGUCUCACUAAAGAGUAUAUUAUAGAUUUCGAGUAUCCGUUUUUCUUUUCUGUUCUUUCUAUUCUAGCUGAAAUUAUUGCUUCUUGGCAAUUUCAGUGAAAAAUGUCUUCUAUGCUUGUCUUUAAGUUGCUUGGUGGAAUUUGUUCGCCAGAAUCCGUUUAGGUUGACAGUAUCCUUUUUUUUAGGUAACUUAAGUUCGGAAACGAAUCAUAUGUAUAUUUCAAAUUUAAUCUUAUUUAAUUUUCCUUCACAUUCAUUCUCGCUUUAUUAUCCAUGGAUUUUCGUUGACAAUAAUAGACUCAUAUAUUCCGUUUAAAUAUUCUCAAGGCUCUUGUAAGGUUUUUUAAGCAUCAGUGGAUCAUUGGUUCAAAUGAUCAUAUGGAUGUCUGAUACAAAUUGUUGUCGUUUAUAUGAACAUAACAUAGCAAAGUUUUGUGAAUGCUGUUUUUAAAUAUUUCGAUGCAUUAUACAGCUACAUCAGUUAACUUCAAAAGACAUUUCAUGUGCCAAACGAAGUUUUUAUCGUUUUAAAAUUGCGUACAUAGAUGUCGACUUUAAAUAUGUGUCUGGCAUUCGUUGCAUUUUUUUACUUCUAGAAAUAGUGUUUUACGUCAAGUAAUUUUACCAGAUCAGAAUUACUUAAUUGCUUCCAUCUGUUUACAGGCAAUGAUGUCGGCGUCAGACGGUUCAAAUGGAGAAACCAAUACAUUUGGACACUUCUAUCAUACAGCCUCAUCAUACGGAUUUGGAUUGCAUACGAUUCCUAACCCAACCGUGAUCAAAAUCCGAAAUGUUUCUGAUUGUAAUGACAAACUUUGCUGUCGAAUUUACUUCAUUUCUUAUCCGUCGACUAAUUUUCAACCUGGUACCAAACCUACAUUGUUUUUUGCUGAUUUAGUCCGGCAUAAUUCAUCUGAUGACCAAUUAAUAUGGUAUCCAUUGUUGCCUAAUGAAUUUGUCGACUAUAAAAAUUCACUUGCAUUAGCCGACUUCUUAAUUCAUGAACGUAUGCGUGUCUCUGUAUCGGGUGUUACCAAUUAUUGUUUAUCCGAUUGUGGUAAACUUAUUAUUUGUGCAUCAAGUGAAAUUUAUAGUACUGAAGAUCGUACAUGUUUUGGAGAACAACCUAAUUAUCUGGAACUAAUUAAAACUCCAUUAUCUAGUGCAAUUCAACCAAUCAUGUGUCCAUUCAAUUCAGAUUUUAUUGUUUGUUCAUCAAAUGAAAAUAUAUUCAUUGGUUAUAUACCAACAAAUAAAUGGAUACCAGUAACAAAUCAUACACAUAAUAGUGGUUUAUCUGCAGGUAUCCCACCGUUCGUCGUCCAAGAAGAAUUUGAUCGAUAUGUUGGUUAUUGGUGGAGACCAACGAUGACCAAUGAUCAUUAUUACCAGUUGUUAUAUGAAGAAGUGGAUGAACGUAAUGUGGCUGUGACGAAAUUGUUUCAUGGGGAAUUCGGUGGUGGUUGGGAAAAUCAACGUUAUCCAAUUGCAGGCACUGAAAAUGCAAGUAGUAAUUUGAAAAUAUACCAGUUUAAACUGGAUUCAUUGGGUAAAAUCUCUAAUGUACAAACUCUUGCAUUACGUUCACCUUUAAAACAAUAUAUACCGAAUUUUGAAUAUUUAGUUCGUGCUGGUUGGACACCAGAUGGAAAUUAUGUUUGGUGUCAACUGAUCACUCGCCUGCAACAACGUCUUUCACUUAUAUUAAUUCCAGUUGAUAAUUUCUUACCUAUUCCUGAUGUUAUUAAUCAUCCCGAUCCAUCAUCAUCGCCGUUGUCAUUGGCAACAUCCACAUCAACAGACUUUUCGUCUUCAUUCUUCACUUCGCCAUGUAUAGAAUUAGUGACUGAAGUAGAGCCGAAAUUUUGGGUUAAGGUUCAUGAUUUUUUAACUUUUCUAAAGUAUCCAUGGUAUCCAACAAGUGAAAUUAACAAAUCAUCAGAUUAUACAAAUGAAAAUUCUUGUACAUUUAUUUGGGCUUCACAUAGAUCUGGUUUUACACAUUUAUAUCUUAUACAAUGUUCAUGGCCUACAGCCAAUUCGAUAACUUCAAUUAAUAAUAAUAAUGAUAAUAAUGAACAAACUGCAACACUUAUCCAAGCUAAACAAAUCUUUAUUAAUCAGUUAACUGAUGGUGAUUGGGAGAUUACUGGAAAUCAGAUUUGGGUAGACGAAGAUAAUAAACUUGUUUAUUUCGAAGGAUUUAAGGAGCAUCCUCUUUUGAAACACAUAUAUUCUGUAAGUUAUGUAAAUCGAAGUGACCAAGGUCAGUUAAAUUGUUUAACAUUAAAUCUUUCAAUCAACAACAAUGAUACUCAUAUAAUGAAAUCCAUUCAAAAUGCAACCAAUUCAUCACCGUUACCAAUGAAUAAUAAUAUUGAAAGUACAUUGGAUCCAUUAUUUCAUGAUUCAUGUUUAUUAAUGAAACCAUAUCCAUUAUCUUAUCAAUUGAAUACAUUCAAUAUUCAAUCUGGUAUUAUGAUCUUAGAAUCAAGUAGUUUAGAUAAACUUGUUGGUAUUCAAAUUUGUCAAGUUAUUAUUGAGAAUAAUGAAAAGAAUAUAAAUAAUUCUAAUAGUAUUCAUGGGAAUAAACAUUGUAAACCAAUUCUACAACAUAUAGCAUGGCUUCGUAAACAUGUAUGGCAUUAUAAUGCGUUCAAUGGAUUCUAUCCAACUAAUCCUCCGUUAGUUCUUCGAUGUGAUAUAUUUAAUAAUUUAGAUCGAAAACUCGAAUUACAAGAUUAUGAUGAUGUUGAUGAAUGUAUGAAUGAUCAUAUAAGUAGUAGUAUUAAUGUUACAUACUCAUCAGAUUAUAUUGAGUUCAGCAAUUCACAAUCAAUAUUAUAUGGACAAUUAUUUUUGCCAAAUUGUAAUCAUAGUCGAUUGUUACCUGUAUCAUCGGUCGAUGGUGUUAGUUUUGCUGGUUAUCCGACAUUACAUUUUGUUUAUGGCGGUCCAGGUAUUCAACUUGUUCGUGGCAGUUAUUCAAGAUCUGUAUUUGCUCAUGCUCAAUUAUUUUGCCAUUUUGGUUAUGCUGUCUUUCUGUGUGAUUGUCGGGGUUCAUCUAAUCGUGGUAUCAAUUUUGAUGGUCAUAUUAAAAAUCGAUUAGGUCAGGUAGAACUUGCUGAUCAUGUGGCUUUUUUAAGGUAUGCUGCAAAAGCCACUGGACUUAUUGAUCUCUCACGUGUUGCUAUCAUGGGCUAUUCCUUUGGUGGUUAUCUGUCAUUGAUGGGUGCAAUGCUAUAUAACCAUGUGUAUAAAGCUGCAAUAGCUAUUUCUCCGGUAGUCGAUUGGAGGUUAUAUGAUACAGCUUACACUGAACGAUAUAUUGGUCUACCUAAAGAUAAUCUAGAUGCUUAUCGUAAAGGUAAUAUAAUGGAGUAUGUUUCAGAUAUGCCAUCAGAUAAAUAUCAUCUAUUUAUAUUCCAUGGUGGUCAAGAUGAAAAUGUACAUUUUUUGCAUACAUCAUCACUAGUUGAAAGAUUAGUUACAUGUGGUAAACCACAUCAUUUUCAGUUGUAUCCAAAUUCUCGACAUCGUUUAAAGCAACAAUCUCAUGUUGAAGCAACAGUUUUAAAUUUUCUUGAAGAAACUCUUUGUAAAUCAAGUUAA